GGAAGUGCGUGCUCUCGGCCUUUCCGCGUCCCUCGCGGCGAGCGACAGGUCGCAGCGGCGCGGUCCGCUGUGAGGGUUCUCGGCCAACUGCUUCUACGCGGGGCCCGACGCCGCGGCGCUCGCUCCUGCUCCUCGGUCGAGAGAAGAUGGUGGGCCGGAACAGCGCCAUCGCCGCCGGUGUCUGCGGGGCUCUUUUUAUCGGGUAUUGCAUUUACUUCGACCGCAAGAGACGAAGUGACCCCAACUUCAAGAACAGGCUUCGAGAACGAAGAAAGAAACAAAAGCUUGCCAAGGAGAGAGCUGGACUUUCCAAGUUACCUGACCUUAAAGAUGCAGAAGCUGUUCAGAAAUUCUUCCUUGAAGAAAUACAGCUUGGUGAAGAGUUGCUAGCCCAAGGUGAAUACGAGAAGGGUGUAGACCAUCUGACAAAUGCGAUUGCGGUGUGUGGACAGCCGCAGCAGUUGCUGCAAGUGUUACAGCAAACUCUUCCACCGCCAGUGUUCCAGAUGCUUCUGACCAAGCUUCCGACAAUUAGUCAGAGAAUUGUAAGUGCUCAGAGCUUGGCUGAAGAUGAUGUGGAAUGAAAAACCAAUAUCAACAUAAUCUCAAUUAAAAAUAUUUUUAAAAUCUUAACUCGGAAGAUGAGCAGCUCUGGGGGAAUAAGGGCAAAUAGGCUGGUUAUGGACUGUCCUACACUGAAAUCUACCAAAGUUAAUUUUUACUUUGUGUAGAUCCAUUUAUCUGUUUUAUUUAUUUUUCCCAGUGAAAAGUGUAUUUUGAUAGAAGUCUUUUCAUUUUAUAAAUACACUACGAGUUACCGAAAUAUCAUGGAUUUAUUUUAUUCCUAAAAUGUGCAAUUAAAAUGUACAUACAGCGUCACAUUUCUUACGUUAAAAAUACUCUGUGCUUAGUUUUGAAAGAUAGGCCAAGAAAAUGUAGGAGAAAGUUGAAGAAUGCACGUUUUUUUUUUGUUUUUUUUUUUAAAGCUAGUUCAUUUUGUUCUACAUAAAAGAAUUGGAUGGAAGCCUGCUUUAUCAAAACUAAGCAUUAAAAUCUUUGAGAGGUCAUUUCUUUCCUUUUAAUCUCUUAAUACAUGAGAUGUGCUGCUGUGCUGUAUUAACUCACCUCCCUGUGUAUUUGUCUUGAAAUGUUUUGUUUAAACCAGUGGGCUUAAUGUGUUCUGGAUAUUUAUCUCCAUGUAUUUUAGCUGUAUGUAGUUGCAGAUAGCACUGGGAAUUAGAUCUGUGUCAUUCUUACUCUAGCCGUGUGAGCUUCACCAAUUACUGUCUGCCCUCUUUCCUCUUUAUAAAUGAGGCAGUUGGUCUGCUAAUUCAGAGAAGUGUCCCUUUCAGCUUUUAAUUCAUUUGUUUCUGUUUAGCAUCUAUUUUCAAAUCCACCUUUUCCUGAGGUAUAUGUUUGGACAACCAGGCCUUGCAUUUUUUUAUACUCUGAAUUUUGCAUGCUUGCCUGACUUUGUAUUUUUGAGUUGAUCCCCCCCACCCCACCUUUUUUAAAAGAUCUGACUUGUGUUGGUUUUCACCGAAAUCCUAUGGUUCUGUCACUGUCGUAAAUCUGAAACUUAACUUUUAGGUAGCUGGGAUGAUACGCUUGUAAAAUGUUUGUUCCCUUUGCUUUUAUCUUCAGUGUAUCUCCUUAAUCCUCUUUCAUUUAUCUUGUUACGAUGAGAAUGAGGUGUAACCUUGUAGCUGAAGACUUGGAAAGAAUGGAGGUGUUCUCAAAAUAGUGACGUGUUUUCUGCAGUCACAGAUUCAACAUCGGGCCUGAGAAUAAAGAUCCUUGGUACUUG